GGAAUUUUUAUCGUGAUGACGUGCACGCCACUUUGUUUGGCGUUGACUAUAUUGUCAUGAUUAAAUCACCGUCCCCGUGAAGUAAAUAAGGUCAAGAGAGCCAAAGUUUGGAAUCUUAAUCUGCUCGACAAAAAUCGUACCUCGCUAUUUUUGGAAAAAUAUCGUGCGAAAAAGUUAAUCGGACGACCGUCUGCCCACGAAUCGUCUGGCGUCCCGAUACGAUGCGAAAGAAGAAAAAAGAAAAGGCCGUCAAGAAGUCAAGAGAGCCAAAUCUGGCAAAUGUGGUGGCCGGCACCACUUGGUAGGUGGGAGCUGGUAUAAGAACGUCCGGCCGUCGACUAUACGACGAGUUCCAGAUAAAGAAACCUUCGCUGCUUCACUCACUACGGGCGUUUUCGUCGUUACAUUUUGCGCGAACUUAAGAACAUUUUUAGCAACAGAUAAACAUGAGGGAAAUCGUGCAUAUCCAAGCCGGUCAAUGUGGAAACCAAAUUGGUGCCAAGUUUUGGGAAAUAAUCUCCGACGAGCACGGCAUCGACCCCACCGGAAGCUACCAGGGAGAUUCUGAACUGCAGUUGGAAAGGAUCAACGUUUACUACAAUGAAGCCGCAGGACACAAAUACGUGCCGCGUGCCAUCUUGGUCGACUUGGAGCCUGGUACCAUGGACUCUGUUAGAUCCGGCCCAUACGGACAGCUCUUCAGACCAGACAACUUCGUAUUCGGACAGUCCGGCGCCGGAAACAACUGGGCCAAAGGUCAUUACACAGAAGGCGCAGAGUUGGUAGACUCAGUAUUGGAUGUAGUCAGGAAAGAAGCUGAAUCAUGCGAUUGCCUGCAAGGAUUCCAAUUGACACAUUCCCUUGGAGGUGGUACCGGCUCCGGUAUGGGCACACUCCUCAUUUCGAAGAUCAGGGAAGAAUACCCAGACAGGAUAAUGAACACAUAUUCAGUAGUGCCAUCACCUAAAGUAUCAGACACAGUUGUAGAACCAUACAAUGCCACCUUGUCUGUACACCAACUUGUAGAAAACACCGACGAGACUUACUGUAUCGAUAACGAAGCUCUCUACGACAUCUGCUUCAGGACGUUGAAACUCACCACCCCAACAUACGGAGACUUGAACCACUUGGUUUCGCUCACAAUGUCCGGAGUGACCACCUGCCUCAGGUUCCCUGGUCAGUUGAAUGCUGAUCUCAGAAAACUCGCUGUCAACAUGGUACCGUUCCCGCGUCUCCACUUCUUCAUGCCCGGAUUCGCACCACUGAUCUCUCGCGGAAGCAGGGAGUACCGCGCUCUCACAGUCCCUGAGCUCACCCAGCAGAUGUUCGACGCCAAGAACAUGAUGGCUGCUUGCGAUCCCAGGCACGGAAGGUAUCUGACAGUUGCCGCCGUCUUCAGAGGCAGGAUGUCCAUGAAGGAAGUCGACGAACAGAUGUUGAACAUCCAGAACAAGAACAGCAGCUACUUCGUAGAAUGGAUCCCCAACAACGUGAAGACAGCUGUGUGUGACAUCCCGCCAAGAGGUUGCAAGAUGGCCGCCACCUUUAUCGGAAACUCCACCGCCAUUCAGGAGCUGUUCAAACGUAUCUCCGACCAGUUCACAGCUAUGUUCAGGAGAAAGGCUUUCUUGCAUUGGUACACCGGAGAAGGUAUGGACGAGAUGGAAUUCACCGAAGCAGAGUCCAACAUGAACGAUUUGGUUUCUGAGUACCAGCAGUACCAAGAGGCCUCAGCCGACGAGGACGCUGAGUUUGACGGGGAUCAUGAUCACGAAGCCGAAGUCGAUGAAAACUAAGACCUAAAAAAGCUCCACAUUCCGGAACGAAGAAAAAAUAAUGCUUUUGCCACAGAGACUGAUCACUUUUUAUAAGUUAUUGAAUGACUGUAAUACAUUUAUAUCUGUUUUCGCUUUGAGUAUAUUUUGUCAGUUUAAAUUAUUAUUGAGAGUUUUUGAACGUUUUUGUAAUUUUAUACGUAUAGAAUUUUUCAUUGAAUCUUUUAAUGAUUAAAAUUUCUGUGAUUUACAUA